CAACAUAAUGUUCCAGUGAUGUGCGUUGUUGGCACCAUCUCAGCCCCUCGAGAAGUUCAUGGGAAAAAGCUGCUGGGGGGAAGGACCUGAGUGGAGAGGACAGCAGAGGAGCUUUUCACCAGGAGAGAAUGGAGGCAACUGCGUCCUGUGUGUGGAGUUAGGAGAGAUGACAGCUCCAUCUGAAGUUGAAUAAGCCUUUUUUUCAGCAGUUUGAGCAGAGUGGAUGUGAGGGACUUGCCACAGCUGCUUGGGGAAUCUGCUGGAUGCUUGUGAACGUGUUGGAGGUGAGGAGGCUGAGCUCAGCGGUUGCCAGGCUGCAGCUAUGGUUGUUGAGGUGAGGUUUCCUCCCUCCUCAUCAGUGACCUCGCCGUUUGUCUCACCAUGCCGGACGUCUCCGCCGCCUUCAUCCUCUACAUCGUCCUGGAGCUGCUGAUCGCUGUGUUCUCCGUGCUGGGCAAUGUGCUGGUCUGCUGGGCCGUGUGCCUCAACAGCAACCUGCAGACCAUCACCAACUUCUUUGUGGUGUCGCUGGCGGUGGCCGACAUCGCCGUGGGCGUCCUGGCCAUUCCCUUCUCUGUCGUCAUCAGCACCGGCUUCUGCUCCAACUUCUAUGGCUGCCUGUUCAUCGCCUGCUUUGUGCUGGUCCUCACCCAGAGCUCCAUCUUCAGCCUGCUGGCCAUCGCUAUAGACCGCUACAUUGCAAUCAAGUUACCGCUCAGGUACAACAGCUUGGUGACGGGCCAGCGGGCACAAGGCAUCAUCGCCAUCUGCUGGGUUUUAUCCAUCAUCAUCGGUCUGACCCCCAUGAUGGGCUGGCACAAGCGUUUCCAGAAUGACAACAGCACCUGCCCGCCUGGCCUGAUGAAGUGCCUGUUUGAGGAGGUGGUAGUCAUGGAGUAUAUGGUCUACUUUAACUUCUUUGCUUGCGUACUGAUUCCCCUGCUGCUGAUGCUGGCCAUCUACCUGUGUAUCUUCAUGGCCGCUCGCCACCAGCUCAAGCUGAUCGAGGUGAAAGCAGUUCAUGGAGAGAAGUCGCGCUCCACACUGCAGAAAGAGGUCCAGGCUGCCAAGUCUCUAGCCAUCAUUGUUGGGCUGUUUGCAGUCUGCUGGCUGCCGUUACACAUCAUCAACUGCUUCACCCUCUUCUGCCCUCAGUGUGAGCGCCCCCCGCUCUGGAUCAUGUACGUGGCCAUUAUUCUCUCCCACGGCAACUCUGUGGUCAACCCCUUCAUCUACGCUUACCGCAUUCGGGAAUUCCGACAAACCUUCCGGAGGAUUAUCCGGCGUCACAUCCUGGGCCAGCGGGAGCUGUUUGAGAGUGGCAGCAGUAUGCGCAACUCCAUUCACAACAGCAUCACUGACUCCAUCAGACUCAAGGCAAACGGCCUAAGCUUUGACCUUUUCACUGAACACAGCAGCAGUAGCUGUGAAAGCUCCUACAACUGCCCUACUUCCAUCUCUCCUGUAGGGGGCGGUCUGGUGGCAGUAUCCCACCCCCCUCUGUCAGUCAUCAUCUCCAACUGUCCGAAAAUGGGCCCUUGUCCAAUGCAAACCCUCAGACAGACUCAAAUCCCCAUAGGUCAUCAUCGACAGCAUGCGGAGCAGCAUGACUGUACUGGACCAGAAGUGGUGGAAGAUAAGGACAAGCAGAAACUCGGCGCUGCCCAGGUCACAUCGCUGUUCGACAAACAGAACAAUAAGAGUUGCUUUACUGAGCUGGCAAAGAUGUCCUGACGUAGGCCCACGAGGGACCCCUCACUAGUAUUCAGGAGCCUUGCAGUGAAAUGUCAACCUCAUCUGCAACUUUCAAAGGAUCAGGAUAAGUCCCAAUCCACAGAAAUGGGAGCACUGUGAACAGAUAACAGACAACCAAUGUUACUGAGAUUUAAACUUAAAUCUCUACUGUUAAGUGACUUUUUAAUUUAAACCAGACGAAAAGUCUAAAUCACUGCUAGUGGGCCAAAGAUGUUGUGCGGCUUCGCCACAUGACCAAGCGUGGUUUUCUGAGCAACCGACCCUUCCGUGUUUAAGGUGCAGGCACUUCACUCAUCUGUAAUGACUCUGCAUUCGUUUCAACAAAGAAGUUGCUAAAUGCUUUUGUUCAGUACAAAUGCACUUUGACCAGUCAAAUGGCCUGACCCACCAAAGAUCAGCUAUUAUGGACAGAAGGGACAGUAUGGACCUUGGUUGUUGCCUUCACAGGGUGUUUAACGGCAGGUUGAACUAAUAUACCACAGUGUGUGUCUACAUUUCAUCCUGCCAUUUCUGGUCUGAAUGGGCCUUUGGCUGAAGACAAAAACGUAUAAUAUUAAAUUAUUGAGUGUUUUCAGGGAUAUGGACAUAAACGCACUCUGAUGGAUUUCACCUUAUACCACUACCAUGGAUCAUGGGCAUCAUGGGAGGAUUAUUUCUUAUGCAGUAGUGCACCAUAAUUUGCACCAUUUUUAGAUUCACCCUAUCCUGAGGACCUGCUUAGAAACGUUCACGCUCAUCUGCAAAAGUUAAAUAUUUUUCACAUUCGGACUAUUCCAUUGUAAUUCAGCUUCAUGGCAGUGAUGUACAUAUCUUCCAGUUUUGUCAUGGCUCCCUGCGGACCCCAUGCUGUUUCUAACUGGACUGAAAAGCUAAAACUUUAAUCAGUGACACAUGGGUUCAUGUUUGCAUUAAUAAUCAUAUAUUUCACACUUUUAAAAAGCAAAAGCCCCAAAGUUGGUAAUGUAGUGCUGAAAUGUAAUCUUGUUUUAUAAUUGCUCACUGUGACAAUGUGACUUGAUUGUAUUCUUAUUUAAGUUAUGUUCAUGUAAAUGUUGAUUUCUGAGAUAGUUUGAUGACUGAUGGGAAAUGUUUUGAAGAGGAUUGUAAAUGAUUAGACUAGAAGUUGUGUUUUUUCCCAUUGAAUUCAUCCUCAGUCCAGUGCAGCUAUUGCCUUCUGUGUUCUCUCGACAGGCUAUCACAGAAUCCUGUCUUUCAAUAAAUCCUUUUACAUUUUCAAAGUGUACUUACUGUAUUUGUGUUCAGCAGUGGCCACAAAAUGUCCCCAGCCAUUACUCAGUAGCUGUGGAACCCCUCCAGGCUUACCAUUGGACUUUCACCAAGCAGGGUCAUGUUUCAUAUCAGAUCUAGAAGUCUAUAGAACUGAAUCAGAGAUCUGGUUUGCUCAUUCUGGGAAAUGGUUAGUUAAGCAGUCAAACUAUCUUUAGAGUUCUUUAUUUUCCCAGCUUUUAUCGCAAAUCCCCUGGGAGUUCAGGUUACAGGGCACAGGACCCACUUCUUUUUGAAAGCUUCCCCAGGGAGCUUUAGUGCUUUUUUAAAGAUUCACCGCAGAGACCUCCCGAGUCCUCGUGCUCGGCUGCUGUCCUUUGUGGCAAUAUCUUGUCUCCUCAGCUGGGUCACAUCAAGGUUAUAAUCCAAACUUAAUGCAACUUUAUUGCCAUUGAAAAAGAGCCAUGGAUGUGUGUGUUUUGUUGAAAGCUGCUUUAAUCUAUAUUUUAUAUUAAAGGAAUAGUUUGACAUUUCUGGAAAUUUGCUUAUUUGUUUUUUUUGCUGAGUAAGAGGACAAGAUUAGUAGCAUCAGCUUAGCUUAGCAUAAAGACUGGAAAGAGAGGAACACAGCUAGCUUGGCUCUGUCCAAAGGCAAAAACAUCCACAAGCAGAAUGAAUCAUCCACAAGCAGAAUGAAUCCCACUCAACGUUUAUUUAACGUUAAUCCGUAGAAAAAAUGGAAAUUUAUGGCAAACUUAUUGACACCCAGUAUUACAGAGCAACAUUAGCAUUUAACUGCAUUUCAAUAUUCACUCUUUUUGGUCUCUACCAAGUCCUGAAUGUUCACCAGCGAGUGGGUGCUAACUGCUGAGCAGGUAGUGUACAGAGGUUUUUUUUUU